UCAAACGACAGAAGGCAUUUAGCAGAUUGUGUGCAACAUUUCUCAGCAGAGUUUUUAUUAUAUUAAUAAUAUAUAGGCUUUAGAAAUGCAUGUAUCAAAUAUGAUACAGUAGGCUUUAUAGGGUUAACGGAGGCACUCGAGCAAUGCAGAAAAGCUACCUGGAAGGACACCAAAUGGAAAGUUGGCUAAGAGUUCCAGCACAGCUGUAGCACAAACAGUGCGGGAUGUGUUAUGUACCAUUUUCCGCUCUGUCAGUAUGAGGAGGUGCGUGUGGAGCUGGCCACAGUCCAGAGGGAGCUGGGAGGAGUGCGUGAAGGGGUGCAGGAGGAGGUGCGCGCCAGAGAGCGUCUGUCUCAUGACCUGCAGGUCAAAACAGGUCAGGUGCACUCGCUGGAGGGACAACUCGAGUCUGCCAGGAAGCUGACACAAAACCUCACGCAGGAGAUCAAACGGCUUGAGGCGGAGCUGGAAAAGCAGCAUAAGGGAAAUGGCUCUGGGGAAUCCAUGUUGUUUUCCACACCUUGUUGGAACAUGAGCUCUCCCUGGGACAACAACGGUGGUUUCAGAGUGGAGAGUGAAAGCAAAACACAGCAUGCCAGACAGCAGCUGCAGUUUGGAGACGUCCCCAAGCCAUCGGCGGGCGGGGCUACCUCCCCGUUUCCACAGCAACCUCAUAAAUCCCCACCCCUUCGGCAACACAUCCGUCAAUCGGAACCGUCCACCCCCUCCUCUUUGUUUCCAUGGGAACGUGAGAAUUUGUGGUCCACUCCCAAAGGACGACCAGCUUCCUCGGUUUCAUCCAGUGAUGUCAUAAUCAAGAACAGUGACUCAGGGAUGGAGGAAGCCUUGAGGAAUGAGAUAGAUGAGCUGCGUGUGCGUGUGUCAGAUCUACAGCGUGAGGCACAGCUGGAGUCUGAGCGCUUGAGGGACGUGGAGUCUCGGCUGGCUCAGGCUAACAGAGAGAUCAGCACCAAAGAACAGAGCCUGAUGCGCACACAAGACCAGCUGACCCGUGCACAGACCCGCAUCACACAAGAGACUGACCGG